UCUCUCUCUCUCUGUCUCCUUCAUUUCUCUUUUCUCUUCUCUCUCUCUCCUCAUCCCAACCCAACAUUUGCUGCUCUCUUCUCUGUUGUUUCCCUUUUUUUCUCUUUCUCUUUCUUCUGGGUCUCCUCCGAUUCCCGAUCUUUGGAACUUGAAGCGCCUGCGAUCUUCCGCUCAUGUCGUCGGAUAAAGGUCGGCCAUUACCCAAAUUCGGUGAGUGGGAUGUGAACAAUCCUGCAUCAGCUGAAGGGUUUACAGUCAUAUUUAACAAGGCUAGAGAUGAGAAGAAGACCAAUGGGAAUGCUGCGGCUGAAGCGUCACCACAAAGAAAUGAUGAUGCAUACAAACAUGAUGACAAUUAUCAGUAUCCCACUAAGAGAAAGUGGUUUUGCUGUGGUUAAUCCCGCACAGCUUUUGGAGCCCUGAGAUUCCUAAGCUGGCCUGGUGGCAUAGUACUUGUGAGUCUCUCUGAAUGCCCCUGGCAGACUAAUGAAGUGGGGAAUGUCUGGUGGUUUUUUAUUCCGUUUACCUGCAGUGUUUCUUCUUUUUUCCUGAUUUCUUGUUCAAUGUUCACCUCCUUUUAUGUUCCCCAGAGCUUUUUAUAUGUGUGUAAUCUAUAGGAGGAAAGGAAGAAAAGUAAUGGAUUUAAGAACAUAACAUUUUCUUGCCCUUUGUUCUUGGUUUGAAUGUCUCAAUGAUUUACAGUUGCUUUUUCAUAUGUUUUGAACAGUAAUAUGUUUACUUUAAAAAAAAUAUAUAUGUAUUAUUAUUU